AUGCCAAGCCCUCCCUCCUCCGACGCUGUGGUCGCAUCACCGCCGACUUUCCUCGGCGUACCUCUCGGCCUGAUCUCGCUGGUGACCUUGACCUGUCAGAACUCGGCUUUGACGAUCGUGUUGCACUGAAUUAGUUCAUCAGCUUCGUCACCUAAACCAAAGCAUGAUUCGUCUCUGACCGUGUUGCUCUGUUCUCGCUUGCGCUCGAUGACUACACGUCAAAUUGGCAACCCGCCUCGUAUUGGCGAAUUGGCGUAUCGCUUCUGCCCGGCUCGCCUUGCUGCUUAUCUCCGACGUACCGUCCAUGCUUCAUUCGCAAUCGCGCCAUACGCAUAUCGCCCUUCGAUCCGUCCUUCAUCUUGAUAUUGAGGAACGUAGUCGAGGAUUCGCGUCCCUGCGGACCGCAUGUACUCGGCCCCGGAAGCCGUUCUCUUCAACGAACUGCUUAAGGGGUCAAUCUCGUUCUCCAUCGCGUUUUACAACAAUUUGCGCCUGUCGCCGUCAUCGCGUGCCGCAAGCGCUUAUGCUCCCAUCUCGUCUGAAGAGGAGACGUUCUUGGAGGAGUCUGAAUUGCAGGAGAUCUCGGAACGGCGCGAUGCCCCGGACCAGCCUUGGCACGAGCUGUGGACGAUAUCGCGAAUCAUCUAUUCGGUGAGACAGACGGCGCUUGACGUGUUUCGUGAAUUUUCAACGUCGGCCGCGCGUUUGUUGUCGACACAUCGCACGGAGUGCUGCCCUACACGGCCAGCCCUUUGGGAUGGGGAUCUCGCACGGAUUCGCUCCUGGUUUCCGCAGGGUCUGACUCGCGCUAGCUUCGCGGUGCUGGAUCAUACGGAUUCCACGGUGGACACGAGAAGAAGUUGA